AUGUUCUCGCGUGGUAGGGGAGCCAGCCGCGGCAUCCGGCGAGGCGGUUCCUCAGGCAGAGGCGGCAGGGGCGGUGGCCAUGCUGGCGGCGCAGGAGGAUACACCGGCCCACCGGCGGAGGUGAUUGAGGCUGGAACCGUGGUACACGACUGCGAGGAGCAGCUGCUGGUCAAGAGCACGCUGCAGUCGACCGUGCCCUACUUCAACGGGCGCAUAUUCCUGGCUAACAAGCAGGAGAUCGGGAAGGUGGACGAGAUCCUGGGCCCCGUCAACGACUACUACUUCUCCGUCACGCUGGCGACCGGAUUCAAGGCGCGGUCGUUCGAGCCCAACUCCACGCUGUAUAUUGACCCGCAGCAGACGCUGCCGGUGGCGCGUUUCCUGACCAAGCCCGGCACGGCGCAGGCGCAGGCCAAGAAACGGGUCAUCAAGGACCAGUCCUUCAAAAAGCCGGGACUCAGCCGCGGCGGCAGAGGCGGCCGCGGCGCUUCUUUCGGCGCGGGAAGGGGGAGCUCCGCCUUCAGAGGCGGGCUGUCGCGAGGCCGAGGCGGGAGCUUCAGAGGCCGCGGUGGAUAG